UAGCAAGGCAUUCCCCUGUCGUCAGUUCCCCAGGUAUCCUGCAACUAGUCAUGUGGCGUUUAUUCUUCCUAAUUGCUGCCGUCACGGCGCAGAUCCCCUCCCUGGGAUUCUGUCCUGAUUAUCAGCCGAUGGCAAACUUCAACAUGAACCGUUUCCUGGGAACGUGGUACGAGGCGGAGCGCUACUUCACGGUGAGCGAGCUGGGCAGCCGCUGCGUCACCACCAAGUACGAGAGCACACCAGAGGGCCGCAUACUCGUUUCCAACGAGAUUACCAACGCCAUGACGGGAAUGAAGCGAGUGCUAGACGGUCACCUGCAGAUGAUAGGUCGCGAAGGCGAGGGCCGCAUGAUUGUAAAAUACGCCACGCUGCCCGUGCCCUACGACACCGAGUUCAGCGUGCUUGACACUGACUACGACACCUACGCUGUUAUGUGGUCGUGCAGCGGCAUCGGCCCGGUUCACAUCCAAAACGCAUGGGUACUAACCCGUGAAAGACUCGCGCCUCAGAUGGUCAUGCAAAAAGCAUAUACUGCAUUGGAACAAUGCAAAGUAUCGAGAACAUUCUUCGUGAAGACGAACCAAGAGGACUGCUACAUCCUGCCCGACCCGGCUGCUUAUUCUGAGUACAAGGAGGCAGGGAUCGAAGUAUCUGGGAAGCACGCAAGCUUGGUUCCCGUAUCUGCUGCUACUGAGGCUGAACCUGUUGUCGAGAAAAAAGUGGAAGCGGAAGUUAAGUCUGAAGUCCCAGAGGUUAAAUCUGCUGUUCCGGAAGCUAUCAAGGAACCCCAACUUGUACCUGAAUUAAAAGCAGCCGAAUCUAUGGCUAUGGAAGAGAAGACAGAAAUGCCAGAACAAACUACUGAAGUCAAGAAAGAGAUGCCUGAAAUAAAGGAAGAAGCACCGAAGGAAAAAGAUCUUCCAGUUAAACCGAUACAGUAACUCUUGUCCUACAAUAAUUAGUCCGCAAGAUGUUUGUACUUAGCUCAAAUAGUUCGAAGCUUUCCAAAAAGGCUUGUACCAAAUAAACCUUGCCGCGGGUUAGAUGUUCAAUAGUUAUAAUAAACCACUAUAACUUUUUCUUGUCAGUUCAACUGAAAUAAACGAAUUUAUUGAA